CAAACAGGUGGCACCACACAAACGUGCACCUGAGUAUAAUUCCAUGAGGUGCCUGUAAAUAAAUGCAAAUCUAAAGAACAUUAAUUAUACAACUUAAAUCUUGCUUUGGGUCAAAAAGCAGACACAAUGGGUGCUGGACCAGUCUUAUCAGGUCUGCUAAUACUAAUAGCCACGGCACAAACUCUGACAACAACUGUUGGAUCAACAACAACUGGUGGGUCUACAACAACUGGAGGUUCCACAACUACUGGUGCAUCAACAACAACUGGAGGUUCCACAACAACUGGUGCUUCAACUACAACCGGUGCAUCAACGACAACUGGAGGUUCAACAACUGGUUCAUCAACUACAACUGUUGCAUCAACUACAACUGGUGCAUCUACUACAACUGGUGCAUCUACUACAACUAGUGGAUCAACCACAACUGGAGCAUCAACUACAACUGGAGGUUCAACAACAACUGGUGGAUCCACAACAACUGGAGGUUCAACAACAACUGGUGGAUCAACUACAACUGGAGGGUCAACAACAACUGCUGAAUCCACAACAACUGGAGGUUCAACAACAACUGGUGGAUCAACUACAACUGGAGGGUCAACAACGAUUGGUGGAUCAACGACAACUGGAGGUUCCACAACAACUGGAGUUUCAACAACAACUGGUGGCUCAACCACAACUGGUGGUUCAACAACAACUGGUGCAUCAACCACAACUGGUUCAACAACAACUGGAGUUUCAACAACAAUUGGUGGAUCAACGACAACUGGAGGUUCCACAACAACUGGAGUUUCAACAACAACUGGUGGCUCAAUGACAACUGGUGGAUCCACAACAACUGAAGGCUCAACAACUGGAGUUUCAACUACAACUGGUGCCUCAACAACAAUUGGUGGAUCAACGACAACUGGAGGUUCCACAACAACUGGAGUUUCAACAACAACUGGUGGAUCAACUACAACUGCAGCAUCAACCACAACUGGAGCAUCAACUACAACUGGUGGAUCCACAACAACUGGUGCAUCAACCACAACUGAAGGUUCAACAACAACUGGUGCAUCAACUACAACUGGUUCAACAACAACUGGAGUUUCAACAACAACUGGUGGAUCAACUACAACUGGAGGUUCCACAACAACUGGAGUUUCAACAACAACUGGUGGAUCAACUACAACUGCAGCAUCAACCACAACUGGUGCAUCAACUACAACUGCAGUAUCAACUACAACCGGAGUUUCAACAACAACUGGUGCAUCAACUACAACUGGAGUUUCAACAACAACUGGUGGAUCAACUACAACUGCAGCAUCGACUACAACCGGAGUUUCAACAACAACUGGAGCAUCAACUACAACUGGAGUUUCAACAACAACUGGUGGAUCAACUACAACUGCAGCAUCAACUACAACCGGAGUUUCAACAACUGGUGCAUCAACGACAACUGGAGGCUCAACAACAACUGGUGCAUCAACGACAACUGAAGGCUCAACAACAACAGGUGUAUCAACUACAACUGGUGGAUUAACAACAACUGGUGCAUCCACAACAACUAGAGAUUCAACAACAGGAGGCUCAACAACAACUGGUGGAUCAACAACACCAGGAAGCUCAACAACAACUGGUGCAUCAACUACAACUGGAGGUUCAACCACAACUGGUGGUUCUACAACAACUGGUGGAUCCACAACAACUGGUGCAUCAACUACAACUGGAGCUUCAACAACAACGGGUGAAUCCACAACAACUGCAAGUUCAACAACUGGUGGAUCAACAACAACUGGAAGCUCAACAACAACUGGUGGAUCCACAACAACUGGUGGCUCAACAACAACUGGUACAUCAACUACAAACGGAGGUUCAACAACAACUGGUGGUUCUACAACAACUGGUGCAUCCACAACAACUGGUGCAUCAACUACAACUGGAGCUUCAACAACAAUGGGUGGAUCCACAACAACUGCAAGUUCAACAACUGGUGGAUCAACAACAACUGGUGGAUCAACAACAACUGGAGGCUCAACAACAACUGGAGCAUCAACUACAACUGGUGGAUCCACAACAACUGGUGCCUCAGCAACAACUGGUGGUUCAACAACAACUGGGGCAUCAACUACAACUGGAGGUUCAACAACAACUGGGGGAUCAACAACAACUGGUGGCUCAACAACAACUGGAGCAUCAACUACAACUGGAGUUUCGACAACAACUGGUGGCUUAACAACAACUGGAGCAUCAACUACAACUGGAGUUUCGACAACAACUGGAGGUUCAACAACAACUGGUGGAUCCACAACAACUGAUGCAUCAACUACAACUGGUGCUUCAACUACAACCGGUGGAUCAACUACAACUGGAGGGUCAACAACAACUGGGGAUCAACAACAACUGGGGGAUCAACAACAACUGGUGGCUCAACAACAACUGGAGCAUCAACUACAACUGGAGUUUCGACAACAACUGGUGGCUCAACAACUGGAGCAUCAACUACAACUGGAGUUUCGACAACAACUGGUGGCUCAACAACAACUGGUGGCUCAACAACAACUGGAGCAUCAACUACAACUGGAGCUUCAACAACGGGUGGAUCCACAAUAAC